AUGGCCGACAAGUCCCAGGAGCAGGUCGUGCGCGCCCCCGAGGAGGGGACUUCUGUUGAGUUCUCCCCCUCCCUCCUUCAACGCCUUAUGGCUCCUCGCGCCGCUGCGCCGUCGACCGACGACCUGGUCCGCCAGCGCCUGGCAGCCGAGAGCGCCGCGCUGCGGCAGAAGGAGGCCGAGAUCCUGGGCUCGAUCAGCGCUGCCCUCGAGAAGGAGAACCUCGACCGCGACAAGCCCGGCACGUCGUCCGAGGUGCUGGGGAAUGAUAUCGAGGCCGUCCGCGAGAAGAUUGCUCGCAUGGCCCAGGAUAAGAAGAACCUCGAGACGCCCGAGUUGGCGGCGGCGCGCGCGGGGGUUGUGGCUUGUUACAAGAACAAGCCUGAGCACGCACUCGACUGCUGGCGCGAGGUCGACGCCUUCAAGGUGCAGGUCUCCAAGCUCGAGCAGGCGUUUGUCAAGUCGCUCCACUAG